AGCCACUGGUCAGUCUGCUUUCAAUCGUCGUACCGGCGUGAUCUUUCCAAAAUAACAAAAAAAAAGACGCGUGGAUAUAGGUGUUGUGGUGACAAAUGUGCUAAAAAGAUUCAUUAUUUGCACAAAGUGACUGUUGAACGAAGUUGUUACGGAGUGUGUCAAGUCGUCAUCAGGAUGGAUUCGUGUGUGAAAGUAUUCCUUGCUGUUGCUCUAGUGACCCACCCACUGUUUGCGAUUGGCCAAGAAAAUGGAAUCAACUUUGCAUUUCAAAAACCACUACCAGACGGUAUAUUCAGCGAUCCUAAUCCGGGAACCGAUCCCAAAACAAACCAACAAUAUGGCGAAUAUGUGAAACAAUUGACAAGAUUUGAUGAUUGGGUUACGGGGCAAAGGCAUGUUCGCGACCCCCAGGAAAUCCUUCCGGACGACGAGUUUAAUGAUCCCAAUCCACAUACCGAUCCAAACAACCCGGCAUUCAAAGAUUACGUCAAGGUACUGACUAGAUUCGACUCAUGGGUGACCGGACAAGUUGUGCCUAUUCCAGCGGACCCAACAACGGAUGCUUUACACCAGGAUGUGGGCCCGGAUGGCGACGAAGCGCUACAAAGAUCGAACAUAUCGCCAGACCAGGAUACAACAGAAAAUCAGCAGUCGGGACAAGUUGGAUUCCCCGAUUACGCUCCACCCGGUCCGGUUAGUCAAGCAUUCAAGGACUACGCCAAGGUGCUGACGCGUUUCGAUCCAUGGGUCACCGGUCAGACAGUUCCAAUUCCGGCGGAUCCUGCUACUGACGCACUUCAUCAGAAGUUCCGUCGUUCGGUAAUAAGUCGCGAACAGUACUUUGCCGAUAAAUUCGAGGAUCGUACCCCCAUAAACCCUGCCGCAAGUUCCUCAUACAAUGAUUUUGUAAAAAAGCUGAAGCGUUUCGACCCGUCGAUUACUGGCCAUAGGGUGCCCAUUCCUAGAGAUCCGCUCACUGAUCGUCUACAUCAAAUCAGAAAACGUUCAACGCUAAUCGGCUACCGGAAUCAAGCAUGAAUAACCCAAUCGUUCCAGAAGUGAUAAUCGAUGUGGCAUUGAAAACUGGAUAGUGAAGCAAUAUGAUGGCCAGCUGAGUGAUGACUAGUCUCGCGUGUUUAGUGUUAGCAAAUGUUUGCUGUUGCUGAGGUGUGAAUAAAUGUUUCGAAAAGUGUAAUAUGUUGCGCUUUCAUAAUAACGACAAUAAAUGCUAAUUCGCGUUUCA